AUGGCGAUAGCCAUGGGCUGGCAGAAGCCCGACAAUGUCGCCGGCUCGUCGGCCCCGGCUAUCAUGGUCGGCCUGUUCGUCGCCUCGGGCGGAUUGCUCUUUGGCUACGACACUGGAACAAUCAACGGCAUCAUCUCCAUGACUGCUUUCCGACGAGACUUCACGACCGGCUACACCGAGAACGGCCUGCCCACCAUUUCGCCCGCCGAAUCUUCCAUCAUCGUUGCGAUCCUGAGCGCCGGUACCGUCCUCGGCGCCCUUUUGGCCGCGCCCAUCGGUGAUGCCUGGGGCCGUCGCAUCUCGCUUAUCCUGUCCGUCGGCGUCUUCAGCUUUGGCGGCAUUUUCCAAGUCUGCGCGCACGAUAUUCCAAUGCUCUUGGUUGGAAGGUUUUUUGCUGGUAUCGGAGUUGGUUCCAUCUCGGUGCUCGUGCCCGUCUACCAGUCAGAAAUGGCCCCGAAGUGGAUUCGAGGUACUCUCGUAUGUGCCUAUCAGCUUUCCAUCACGAUAGGUCUAUUGUCUGCAUCCUUCGUCAACAUCUUGACCGAGAAGUUGGAUACCGCCGCCGCAUACCGGGUACCUCUCGGCCUUCAGCUAGUGUGGGCUGUCGUUAUCUCCGUCGGUCUUCUCAUUCUUCCCGAGACACCACGCUUUCUCGUUAAGCAGGGCAAGCCGGAGGCAGCAGGUCUUUCCCUCAGCCGCCUUCGGCGUCUCGACAUUACGCACCCUGCUCUGCUCGAAGAGCUUCAGGAAAUUGUUGCCAACCACGAAUAUGAACUCACGCUUGGCCCAGACUCCUACAAGGAAAUCUUUUAUGGGUCUCCUCAUCUCGGCCGACGAACUCUUACAGGUUGCUGCCUGCAGAUGCUGCAGCAACUCACAGGUAUCAACUUCAUCAUGUACUACAGCACAUCCUUCUUCGAUGGCGCCAAGGUCGAGAACCCUUAUUUGAAGGCUCUCAUUAUUAACAUCAUCAAUGUUGUCUCGACUGUCCCGGGUCUCCUCGUCAUUGAAUCCUGGGGUCGACGCAAGCUUCUCAUGGUCGGCGCCAUGGGCAUGGCGGUUUGCCAGCUUCUCAUUGCCUCCUUUACCACGGCAGCCGGAGAGAACCUGCAGCAGGCCGCCCAGACGAUACUCAUCGUCUUCUGCGCCGUCAACAUAUUCUUCUUCGCAGCAUCGUGGGGACCCGUGUGCUGGGUCAUCACGUCCGAGAUAUAUCCCCUGAAGGUCCGUGCCAAGGCCAACUCGAUAUCAACCGCCUCAAACUGGCUGCUGAACUUCGGCAUUGCAUACGGCACACCGUUCAUGGUUGGCCAGGGGGCCGGCUCGGCUGAUAUCGGCCCCAAAAUCUUCUUCCUCUGGGGUGCCUUUUGUAUAUUGGCUGUUCUUUUUGUGUGGUGCAUGGUCUUCGAGACCAGUAAGAUCAGUCUGGAGCAGAUUGACGAAAUGUACGAACGUGUCGACUACGCCUGGAACAGCACCAGGUUCGAACCAAGUUGGAGUUUCCAACAAAUGCUAGACGAGGGCUGGUCACCAAGCGGUCAGCCCCCGCCAGAACAUGAACUGCAGCAAACGCAGACCAACUCAACCACACAAUCAUCACAAACAAACUCAAAUUCGGCAACAUCAACAAACACGGGCGCUACUGGGAACUCGACUUCAGCAGAAGCGAAGAUGCUGUCCCAAAUGGGCAAUGUGGACUUCAGCUAUUGA